AUGACUCUGGGAGUCCAGAUGAGUGUGGACCAUUCCAGCUCCAAGCUUGCGGCAGAGACCAAGGGGCUCUUGGCCUGCCAGGAAUGCCAGAUCUUGGUUCUGUGGAUUUCAUUAACCCAUUUGGAGUGUGCAGGAAGGAGGGAUGAAGCCAAUAAAAACACCCAAAUGGACAUGCCCCUGCCAGUUCAGGGAUUAAGACCAGAAAUGGCAAGCCAGCGGGCCAGGGAAGUCUGCAUCCUCCACCCACAAAACCGGCUGCAGCUCGAGGUCGGUUGGAUGGAAGAGAUGUCUCACUUCAGCCAGGACCAGGUCCCUAAGCCUGCCUGGAAGACAGCAGGGAGCUGGUUGAGCUCACCCUUGUCCCUGCCUGGGAACAGCAGCUUCCACCAGCCUACAGUGUUCAUCCUGCUUGGAAUCCCGGGUAUGGAGAGUGCCCACAACUGGAUCUCCGCCUCCUUUUGUUCAAUGUAUGCCACGGCCCUGGCAGGGAACUCCGCCCUCCUGCUGGCCAUCGCCACUGACUCGGUGCUCCACAAGCCCAUGUACCAGUUACUGGUCAUGCUGGCCAUGACAGACCUGGUACUCUGCUCCUCCACUGGGCCCCAGGAGCUCAGUAUCUUCUGGUCUGGCUCCCGGGAGAUUUCAUUUUCGGGCUGCCUGGCCCAGCUUUUUUUUGUCCAUUCAUUCUAUGGCGUGGAAUCCGCCCUCCUCGUGGUCAUGGCGUUCGACCGCUACGUGGCAGUGUGCCAGCCCCUCCGCUAUGUGUCCAUUCUCCCCACCAUGGUCAUUGGGAAGUUGGGGCUGGCCGCCCUCCUGCGAAAUCUGACCCUAGGCUUGCCACUUGUCUUCCUGGUCUACCGGUUGCCCUACUGUCAUACCAAUGUCAUCCCCCAGACCUAUUGUGAGCACAUGAGUGUGGCCAAGCUGGCCUGUGCAGACAUCACCCCCAACGUGGUCUACGGCCUCACCGUGGCCCUCUUGGCCAUGGGGCUGGACAUCGCACUCAUUGCCGGGUCUUAUGGCCUGAUCCUCCGGGCCGUCUUCCGACUGCCCUCUCGUGAUGCCCGGGUCAAAGCCCUGAGCACCUGUGGCUCCCACGUUUGUGUCAUACUCACCUUCUACUUCCCUUCCUUCUUCUCCUUUUUCACCCACCGCUUUGCCCAUGGUUUCCCCCUCCAUGUGCAUGUGAUCCUGGCCAACCUCUACCUCCUGGUGCCCCCAGUGCUCAACCCCAUCGUUUAUGGAGCCCACUCCAGAGAGAUACGGCAGAGCCUCUGGCGGCUGUUCAGCCAUGGCUCAUUUUCAGCCGGGCCCUGAGGUUAGGGAGGGGUGGCUUUCUUGGGCAGCUCCCAGCUGGCCUGGGCUCUUCUCUCCCUGGUACUCUGCUGAUCCAGGCUCCCUGAUUAAUUUGCAUCUACCCCAGCUCUUAGAACAGUGCUAGGCACAUAGCAACAUUUAACAAGUACCGUAAUUAUUAUUAUUAGGGUAGCUAAUACGGAAGCUGAGCCUAUAGUCCCAUGAUUAUCUUCAACACAUUAGAGAGUAGCUUGUGUUGGAGGAUUGGCUCCCUGCUCUGAGGGGCAAGGAGGAAGUGUUCCAUGACUGAAGCAAGACAUCUUGUUGAUGGGCCAAGAAAAGGGUGCAGGAGACUCCAUUAACUGUUAAAUAAUCAGAACUAUUUAUUGAAUGCCCCCCAUGUGCAGAGCAUUGCAUUAAGUGUUUGAGA